AAAACUCGAAAAUAAUAGAAAAAAAGGGCAAAAAACAAACCCUUCUUCUCUGGUUAAAAUCUUUACCCUUUGUAUUCUUUAACUGUUCAUGCAGAACAAAGAAAACCAAGAUCCCAUUACUGUCAGUUCUUAUUCAUAUAGGCCUUUGAUUCGCAUCUAAAAACAAUCCUAACAGUGUUGUUUUUGUUUCUUUUUAUUGCUAGAUAGAGUGGGAAAAGAAGAGUGGAGUGGUUGUAUAUAAUUUUUUUCUUUGAAAUUGUUUUUUAUGAUCGAAUCUGAAGAAAAAGGGUAUUUGAGAAAACCUUGAUUUGGUGGUCAAAUUGUGGAGGGUAUUUGGUUUAUAAGAUGCGGCGGCGGGCCACCGAUUACCGGCGCCCGGUCCGAAGGAGGUUUUCGCAUUGGAUCUGUGCGUUGCUUGGGCUGUUUGUUGUUGCUGUAUUGGUUUUAUUUGUAGUUCAUCAUAAUCAUAAUGAAGAUCGGGUCGAACAUCCUGUUCAUGAGGACGAUUCAAGAAUGGAGCGGGUUGUUCAUGAGAAGUUAAACUUGACUGAAGAGAUAUUGAGUGCUACAUCAUUGUCUCGGCAGUUGGCAGAACAAAUGACACUUGCUAAAGCUUAUGUUGUAAUUGCAAAAGAGCACAAUAACUUUCACCUUGCGUGGGAGCUAAGCUCAAUGAUUCGUAGUUGCCAGCUUUUGCUUUCAAAAGCUGCAAUGAGAGGGAAGCCUAUCACACUGGAGGAAGCAGAGCCAAUAAUUAGCCGCCUAUCGUCUCUAAUAUACAAGGCAGAAGAUGCUCAUUAUGACAUUGCAACUACGAUAGUGACGAUGAAAUCUCAUAUUCAAGCUCUUGAAGAGCGAGCCAAUGCUGCAACUGUUCAGAGUACAGUGUUUGGACAAUUGGUAGCUGAGGCAUUUCCUAAGAGUCUUCACUGCCUCAUUCUCAAGCUUUCGGCUGAUUGGCUUAAAAGGCUGCCCCUUCAAGACCUUGCAAACGAGCGGAGAAACUCUCCUCGACUCGUGGACAACAAUCUCUAUCAUUUUUGCUUAUUUUCAGACAAUGUUCUGGCUACCUCAGUUGUCAUUAAUUCUACAAUUUCCAAUGCUGAUCAUUCUAAACAAAUAGUUUUCCACAUUAUCACUAAUGGGGUUAGCUAUGGUGCUAUGCAAGCUUGGUUCCUUAGCAAUGACUUCAAGGGGGCCACGAUAGAGGUGCAGAACAUCGAGGAAUUUUCAUGGUUGAAUGUUUCAUAUGCUCCCAUCCUAAAGCAGCUACUGGAUGUAGAUUCAAGGACCUAUUAUUUCGGGGAAAAUCCUGAUGUUGAGCCAAAAUUGCGGAACCCUAAAUAUAUUUCCUUGUUGAAUCACCUUCGGUUUUACAUACCAGAGAUCUAUCCGCAACUUGAGAAGAUAGUAUUCCUUGAUGAUGAUGUUGUUGUGCAGAAAGAUCUAACUCCGCUUUUCUCAUUGGAUUUGCAUGGAAAUGUAAAUGGGGCAGUGGAGACUUGUCUCGAGGCAUAUCAUCGUUACUACAAGUAUCUGAAUUUCUCAAAUCCAAUCAUCAGCUCGAAAUUCGAUCCGCAAGCAUGUGGAUGGGCAUUUGGCAUGAAUGUUUUUGAUCUAAUUGCCUGGAGGAAAGCGAAUGUUACUGCAAGAUACCAUUACUGGCAGGAGCAAAACUCUGAUAAGACACUUUGGAAACUUGGAACUCUUCCUGUUGGCCUUUUAGCUUUCUACGGGCUGACAGAACCACUUGAUCGGAGAUGGCAUGUGUUAGGUUUAGGUUACGAUCUUAACAUCGACAACCGCCUGAUCGAGAGUGCAGCAGUCAUUCACUUCAAUGGAAACAUGAAGCCAUGGCUAAAACUAGCCAUCGGAAGGUAUAAGCCUCUAUGGGAAAGGUACAUAAAUCUUAGCCACCCAUAUCUCCAAGAAUGUGUCACAAGUUAGACAAAUGUGCUCUGUGCUCUAUUUUUGGUUCCAAUUGCUCGACCUCCAAUGAUAUAAACCCAUGAAAAGGCCGAUCGCGGAAAUUCUUUUUUGACAUUGUUAGGAGAUUUGACAUAUCUUUUUUGUUAGUUUUUUUUUUUGGUUCAUCAUAGUAUCUUGAGAAGGAAAAGGAAUGAUUUUCUUAUGCACAAGAAAGUUUGAAAAAGGUGAAAGAUUUGUGGGAAAUUCAUUUUUGGUUGAUGGGGUUUUGUUGAUCCCCUCAAGCAAGAAAAAGAAACUUCAGAAUUUUUUUUUCUUUUUUUACAAAUUAUUGUAAUAAUCUGUUUGAUCAUUUGGACUACAUAUAUAUAUUUAUUGUAAGCUGAAUCAUUCCCUGUAAACGUGAAGCAGUCUUUAAGUUCCGGCUGAAGGAUGUAGACAAUUCCUUAUUAUUAAUGUGAAGCUAAGGUUCGGUAGACGUUCAAAGUCUAAA